AUGAGUGAAUUUGUGGAAUUAGAAGAAGAAUAAAUCAAAAAAUAUUAGACUUUCCACAAAAAGCUUAGAAUUGACAUGGAAAAAGCCUUAUAGAAACUGAAAUAAUUAGAAAAUAAAUAAGAAGAUUACAUACUUGUUACAGAAUACAUUAAAAAUAAUUAAGGCUAAUCAAAUAUUAAAAUGAAUGUAGGUGCAAAUACAUUUUUAGAUGUUGAAUUGUAAUAAAAACAAUUCUAAUGAAUAGAUCAAAUCCAAAAUUAAUAACACUUGAUGUAGGAAUGAAUGUCUUUGUUGAAUUGAAUUUUUGUGAAGCCAAUUAAAUAAUUGCAAAACAACUCUAAAUUCUUUAAUCUAAAAUUGAAGAACAGAAAAAAUCAAUUCUUAGUAUCCAAUAAUAUAUUGAUUAAGUUGAAGAGAUUUUGUUAUAAUUUAAGUGA